AUGUCUUCCGACAAUGACUUUGAUUCAUUCUCCUCCUCCUCCUCCUUGUCCUCCUCUUCUGAUGAUGGUGGGGUGAAAUCAAUAUACCGAGGUGCUGCUAUUGCAGCAAUUAUAUAUGAGAGGCAGAGACAGAAAAAAGACCUUGUCCGGAUGAAGUUGGGUCUAUCUUCUCUCCAAAAGGUCACAGCCGCACUCAGGAUGUUGGCAUAUGGAAUGGCAGCUGAUCAAUGUGACGAGUACCUCAAAAUAGGAGAGAGCACUAGGGUUUCCAGGCAUGGUUGGAAGUUUGGAUUGCAUGUACUGGAAGUGGAAAAACUGGUUGGAAGUUUGGAUUGCAUGUACUGGAAGUGGAAAAACUGCCCAACUGGAUGGCACGACAGUCAUAUGAAUGGAAAAAUUGGAGCCCCCACACUCAUCUUAGAGGCUGUUGCGACACACAACCUUUGGAUAUGGCAUUGUUUCUUUGGGAUGGCAGGUGAAGCUCCAACAUGUAAUUUUGUUAUAAAUGGGCAUCCAUACACAAUGGGUUACUACCUCUUUGAUGGCAUAUAUCCAAAGUGGGCAACACUAAUUCAGACAAUCAAGCAUCCAGUCAAUGCAAAACAGAAGCUUUUUGCUGAAGCACAAGAGGCGGUAAAAAAGGAUGUAGAGCGGGCAUUUGGGGUUUUGCAAGCUUGA